AUGGAAUCAAUGAAGCCAAAUAUCCCACCGUUGAAGAUCGCAAAGACGAAUCCGAAUAUCACUGUGUCGACCACAUUGUCGAAUCAGUACGACACAAACCAUACGGGGGCUCGUUUCUAUUCGAAUACCCUCGGCCAGUCCGAGAUGACGCCGCCAUUGACACCCCAAGGAAUUAUUCAAUCUGAACACAAUAUGGAACAACCCGAGGCCCCGAGAGCCGUCUUUCACAACUACCUGCGCGCCUUCUAUCCUUUCCACCCGGCCGGAGAUGUCUCUCCAUCGACGGUCACCCUUCCGCUGGACCAGGGCGAUAUCAUCCUGGUUCACUCCGUUCACACCAAUGGCUGGGCCGACGGUACCUUGUUAGAUUCUGGGAAUCGAGGCUGGCUCCCUACCAAUUACUGUGAAGCUUAUGACCAACUACCCAUGCGUCCGUUGUUGAAAGCACUGACAGACUUUUGGGAUAUCAUUCGAGGAGGAUGUGGUUCAUCACUAAAGGAUUUCGGUAACCAAGACCUGAUGCGAGGUCCCAUUGCUGGCGUUCGAUUCCUGCUCGAAAAGUCCGAGUGCUUGACUCGGGAAUCACCGCUUGUCAAGAACUACGAUGGGCUACGCAGGAUCCGCAAGGCUUUGCUGUCUGAUCUUUCGUCUCUUGUAAAGGUUGCCAAACGGUUCCAGGAUGUCGCCAAUGGUGCCCCGACUGAGGAUGAGGUCGAGUCUAUUCUUGAUGAGAUGCUUCUCAAGGCGUUCAAGAUUGUCACUCGUGGUGUUCGCUUCUUGGAUGUCUGGAAUGAGGAAGUUGGUUUGACUAGGACGAUUGCCGAGAUGGAGACUUCCCGGAAUCAAUACGACAUGCCCCUAACACCAGCAUCCGCGACCUUCUCCCUGGCCGAUACUGCCCCGAUUUCCGAUACUUGCACCGAGCGAAAUGAGUCCCGACAGAUGAGUCACAGCCGCAUGGAUUUCAGCCGAGCGUCGAUGCGGAAUGAGAUCCUGGAUCACCAGUCCAGACCCAUGUCUGUGUCGACCAAGCGUAUUUCAGUAUCCCACCGUGUCUCCUACUCCGGUCCCUCGUCAGCUAUUCGUGCGCAGAACCUUGCGUCGGAGCGACUAGGUACCUCGUAUGAUGCCUUCCUCGGCGUGCUGGGAUCUUUCAUCGGCCUUCACAUGCAGUCACGUUCGUCAACCGAGCUGGUCACCACCACUCAGCAAGCCGUGCAGUCUUGCCGGGCUUUGUUGACCGUGGUGGAGGCUGUCUGCGAACAUGAUGCCCAGCGGAGUGUCCUUCUCGAUGAGGCACGCGAGUCCAUGUGCGAGAAGCUGGCGGAGCUGGUUCAAGCUGCGCGCGACGUGUUCCGCCCUGCCAAUGCCCAUGACGACGACUUGGUCUUCAUGCCAGACGAGGGUAAGCGACUGGUCGAUGCUGCAACGGAUUGCGUCCGCGCCGCUGGGAAUUGCCUGGCCAAAGCUCGCAUGGUGCUGGAGCAGAUUGGCGACAUCGAGUUGGAUCCCAUUGAGGAGCAAAGAUCCAUCGACCAGGACGUGCCAGGCAUUGUCACCUCACAGGCUUCGCCUGAUGUCCCCGCCGACCAGGAAAAACCACAAGAGCUCUCACUUCGUCUUCCCCCGCCUCCUCUCACGAUUCCAAACUCGACCUACACGCCCUCCACCCCUGGCCUCACCGACUCGACCACACCAUCUUCUUUCCAAUCGCACCUCACUUCUUCCAGCAGUCCCGUCCACCCCUCUGCCUCAUCUUCUCUUCCUAACUCCGCCAUCCUCCCCACUCUCUCUGAACAAGCCUCCUCUUUUUCUUCCUACGACAGCGGCUUCCGCGAAAGCCACCCCAAGUCCGACGUGAGCGAAUCCUUUGGCCGUGGUGUCACAAGCACGGGUAGCACCUUCACGUACCACAGCCACACCCGCGACUCCGAGAUGAGUGGUCUAUCCCAGACCUCCACUCGGGCCACCUCCCCCGACAUUGGAGGAAGCAUCUAUGGCAGCUUCCAGGUGCCUUCUCUCAAGGAGAGUAUCAGCCAUUCCACCUUGGCCGAGGAGACUGAGACGGAAGCUCACCUGCUGGAGAAGACCUACGCUCAUGAGCUGGUCUACAAGGAUGGCUCAGUUAUGGGCGGCAGUCUGCGUGCUCUUAUUGAGAAGCUCACUGCUCACCAGUCUACCCCGGACGCCUUGUUCGUCUCUACCUUUUACCUCACCUUCCGUCUCUUCGCCACCCCUCUCGAGUUUGCCGAGGCCCUCGCUGAGAGAUUCGAGUACAUCGGGGAUACCCCCCACGCAGCUGGCCCCGUCCGCCUGCGUGUUUACAAUGUGUUCAAGGGCUGGCUCGAGUCGCACUGGCGCCAUGAUCGUGACAACGAUGCUCUCGAGUUCAUCAUCACCUUUGCAAAGACUCACUUGACUGCUGAUCUCCCCUCUGCUGGCAAGCGUCUCCUUGACCUAGCUGACAAGGUUUCUGCUGUCCACGGGCCCGUCGUGCCUCGCUUGGUUUCGUCUAUGGGCAAGACCAAUACCGCCAUUGCUCAAUACGUUCACCCCGACACUCCUCUCCCGCCUCCUAUUCUGGGUAAGAAGGAGACCAACCUGCUCAAGCAGUGGAAGAACGGCGAGGCCUCAAUAUCCAUCCUGGAUUUCGACCCAUUGGAGUUGGCUCGCCAGCUGACUAUCAAGGAGUCGCGUAUCUUCUGCUCUAUCCUUCCCGAGGAACUUCUCGACACUGAGUGGACCCGCAAAUCUGGAUCGCUCGCGGUCAAUGUUCGCGCCAUGUCGACCCUGUCUACGGAUCUGGCUCACUUGGUUGCCGACUCUAUCCUCUGCCUGGAGGAGCCCAAGAAGCGGGCUGCCACCAUCAAGCACUGGGUCAAGAUUGCCAACAAGUGCCUGGAGCUGAACAAUUAUGACUCCCUCAUGGCCAUCAUCUGCUCCCUGAACUCCUCCAUGAUCUCUCGCCUGAGACGCACAUGGGACGUUGUCUCGCAGAAGACCAAGGCCACUCUGGAGCAGCUUCGCACCAUCGUCGAUGUUUCCCGUAACUACGCCGUGCUGCGUCAGCGUCUGCAAGGCCAUGUCCCCCCCUGCUUGCCUUUCGUCGGUACCUACCUGACCGAUCUCACUUUUGUUGACCACGGCAACCAGUCUCUCCGCUGCCUACCCACGGACGACGGUGAGAUGGCCGUGAUCAACUUUGACAAGCAUAUGAAGACAGCGCGGAUCAUCAGCGAGCUUCAGCGUUUCCAGAUUCCUUACCGUCUUACUGAGGUCCCCGAGCUACAGACCUGGAUGCAGAAUGAGUUGGUGCGUGUGCGCUCCAACGGCGAGGCUACCCUACAAACCUUUUACCGCCGGUCGCUAGUCCUCGAGCCCAGAGAGGCCUCGCGCAGCGGUGUCAACCUCCACGCCCAGGCUCAAGCUGCUCAAGCUCAGGCCCAAGCCCAAGCCCAGACCCAAUCUCAAUCCGAAUCAUCACCACCCAACCAAUCCAUCCUUGAAAACGCCAAGGACAAAUUCGAUUUCUUGUCAUGGACAAACCCUUCCAAACCCAAGUCCGUCGCGACUAAUGGCUAA